AUGAGAGAAGUCCCAGCGGGGUCCGGCAGAAAGCACUUGAAAGGAACCGUUCGCAUCGGAUCCGGCCAAUCCUGCCGCUUUGACCGUCUUCCCAACUGCACCAUUCGUCCAGAUCGCCCGCACUUCGAGAGUGUUGUUGGCAACAUUUGCCCAUGCACACGAACACAACUUGGAAUUGGGUCCGGUCGGGCGAAGCGAUCACGUCGGGACGUUGUGCCCGACGGCCACGCACGUAAAGACGAUCGAAAGCCCGCCCUGACAGCUCGGCAGGAGUCCACUUGUCGCGGUUAG